AGUCAGUGCCAUUUUAUUUUACAAGCAAUACUUUGUCACUUUUCCUUUUAAUUUGAAGUUAUUGUUUAUUUACCAUAAUGCAGCCAAAUCGAGAACAACCGCCUCCGUAUACGGAACAGCCACCGACUAUGGUACACCAUCCGCCCACAAUGGUGCAGCCGACGAUAGUGCAGCCCACCGUGAUCCAGCCCGUGCCGGUCAUGUACCCAGUGCAAACGGUCACGGUUACCAGUACAGGCUUGAUCGGAUCUGACCCCACCCUCAUGACUUGUCCUUCUUGCCUUAAUCAGAUUGUCACGAGAGUAGACAGGUCACCUUCCUGUAGAACACACGUUAUGGCGGUCUUAUGUUUGUUAUUGUUCUGGCCGUGCACGUGUCUCCCUUACUGCGUUGAUUCUUGCAACAAUGCUGACCACUACUGUCCCCAUUGUAAUACCUACAUCGGCUCCUACAAGUUUUAAUUAUUUAUAAAAUAAUGGACUGUAAUAAAAUUUAUUGAAAAGAGCGAGUAAAAGAGCAUGAUCAUUAAAAACUAUGGGACUCGUUAGUUUACGGACUUUAACUUUUAAAAUUGACUUUAGAUAUAUCGAGUAAUGUUUUAUAGUCUAUCCUGCUCUUACUUAUGUAUAUUUUAUACUGUUAGACAAAGACCGUUAAAGUUCAAUAUUUUUCGAAAAAGUUUGACACUACUGUGCACAAACUAAAGUUUUAAGGUGAACGUCCAUACGUCAGCACACACGCACGGGCCGCACGACACACAAUGGAUUAUAUUAAAAAUUACUAUGAUUUAUUUUAUCAACAUGAUUCGGAUGCAAAACUGACAGUCGCAUUUUUCAUAGAAGCAUCUAUAGAUAAUGUGCAUGUGAGGACGUAUGACAUCGAAAAUAGAUGCGUGCAUACUGAGGCAGUAGUUGACCAUCUUAACUUCUAAUUCUGUCAAACUGUUAAUAACUAAAUAUUCCAGUAUAUAUAUUAUAUUAUGUUGGUGUAUAAGAUGUUUUUGAUUACAAGUCACAUGCAAGUACGGGUUGUGUUAAACAAACUCAAAUUAAAAUAAGAUUUAUUUUAUUUUAGAGAAGUUCAGAGUAGGAUAGAAUUGGUACAUUUUUGUUUUUAAAUUUUACAGAAACUUUUAAAGCAGGUAAAUUAUAUUUAAUCGUACUGCCAUCUAACUUUGCGGUUCUGAAGUUAGUUAUCGGAUGGUUUCGGAAUUGAGAAAAGUACAAAAUCUCAUCUGAUUAUUCCCAGUAACUUAAGUUUUUCACGAUUCACAAGUCAAAAAGUCUAGUUAGUAUAGUUUGAGACGUUCUUAACUUUAAAUUCUCAAUUCAAAAACUGGGUGUAUGACAUGCGCAGUCGUCUCCCGCAAGCACUUGCAAGCUCUCCAGUGUCAAGCCUAAUUGUAUGAUCUAAGACUAACUAUAACAUCAUAUAACUUAAUAUCAGCUAAGUUAUAGUAUUACAUAACAGCUUCGAACUCGACGUUAAAAACCUUUAUUGCUUUUUAAUAUAAAGUUUUAUUUGGUAUGCUAUGUAAUAGACGUCAAGUUCGAGUCUGUUUUUAAAACAGAAUAGCACUGUAGAUCAUUUUUGAUAACAUUGGACAUAACUGUGAAAAUGUGAUUAAACUAGUGAAUAAGUUCGAUAAUCUACUGGUUUUACAAAGAGUCCUUAUGCUUAAGAGUCGAGCAUUUCUAUUUCUCAUUUAUAUAUUAAAAGACAAUUUAGAUUUGCAUUAUUUAUAUUUUCUAGUUGCUAGUACUCAAUUGUAAAGUGCAAUUAUGCCUGCCUCAGCUAGUAUCCGUUUAGUGUUAUAUUUUAUAUAGAUAUUAUGUUGUUUUAAAUGUCAUGUCAUGGUCAUUAAGAUAAGAAUAAUAGUUAUUUACGGGAUUGCUAUCAUUCACCUCUGACCCCGAUAUGUCGGCGCCGUUGCUUUAAAUUUUUAUGUUGUCAAAUUCUGUCACAAAGUUUGAGAUGUAUUAACGAAAGUGAUUCAUCAUCACUGGCUUAUGUUUAUCUCAUUUUACUUUGGUAAUAUUUUACGGUAAUUAUUAAUACAAUACUUUCCCCUUUCUUUUCCACUUAUAGUCUAUCUUGCUAUUCUGCGUAUUUAAUCUUCCUUCAACUCGAACCAUAUAUGACCUCAUUAAAUAUUUUGCACACUAUAUUUUUUAUAUCACUGUCGAUAUUUUAUUAGUGAUCAAGCUUUUAUCUUCCUUUAAUACGUUAUUCAUAAUGUCUAUUCUUAUCAUACCACAAAGUAUUACCUUAAAAUAUAAUAACGACCAAGCUAUAGGCACAUUCGUCUUUGUUCUAUAUAUCAUUUAUUCGUUUGGUGCUGUAUUUAAAUAUAUUAAUUAGUAAGUAGGUAAUUAAAGUAUACCUUAAAAAACUGUAAUAAUACAAUAAAGAGCAUAGGCAUUUCUUUUCCUGUUAGUAUAUACAUUAUAGUUUACUUAACUGAAAUUUUCCCGAGCUCGACAAAAAAUACUUUUUGUUAUUGAAAUCUUGAGAGUUGUUUUGUUAGUUUAUAAGUUUAUUGCUUUAAUUAUGUAGAUAUGGUAUGGUAUUGAAAAUAUAAACAUAUGUAAGUAACCUGUAAUUAAAUAAUUAAAUGACUUAUAGGUAAUAC